GAUAGGCCUUAAUAAGUAGAGAUUCCUUGGGAUAUGGCCUCUCUGUCUUGCAGGCUUUCCAAAUAGCACAUUCUAGGGGCUCAAUAAAUACGUGAAAUAAAUGAAUGAAAAUUCACAUGAAAAUUCCCAAGUUCUUGGAUGUCUAGUGAUUAAAGGUCAGCACCCUAGCUUGGGCCCCAAGAAGAGGCUGAGAGAAGACCUUGUAUGUAGGUGGUUUAUUCUGGGAAACAGGAUGGAGGAACUGGGAAGAGUGAAAGAGGGAAGGAAAGCAAGUUAACCCAAGGUUGAGUUAAGCUGGUUACCAUUUAUCUUCUGGCUCCUAUAUUCAAAUGAUCAAGAGUUUCCCUCUGGAAUGUGAAAUCCCUCAUAUUUCUAAGUGUGUGUUUGUGUGAGAAUGAUGUAUCAGGGUCUCCAAAAUCUCUCAAGCAGCAAGUGCAUGGACAGAAAACAACAGAUGUGACUUUGAGAGGAGGUAGUGUUGGAUCAAUUUGUAGAAUCGAACUAUUGUUAGGCUAUAAUUGUGAACAGCUGGUUGCGAGGGUAAUGGUUGGAAAGAUAGGUCAAGAGGGUGUGAGAUGGGGCACAAAAAAUGCCUAACACCUGGUGAUUAUCAAUUAAAAAUAAUAUUGCUGUCAUAUUGUGAGGUUUGCAAAUGGGUAUAAAUUUUUGAAUGAGAAAUUGACUUGAGCUGUAAACUUUCACCUAAAGCACAAUAAAAAUAUAUAAUAAUUUUGCUUUUGCAAAGGACAAAUGUUGUAUGUCCUUUGACUAAUAUGAAACACCCAGAAUAGGCAAAUGCAUAGAGAUCAAAGUUUAACAGUAGCUACUAGGGGCAGGAGAGAGGAUGAAAGGGGGAAUCAUUACUUAGGAAGCAUUGAGUUUCUGUUAAUGGAAUGGAAUAUUUGGCAACGAAUAUUGGUAAUGGUUUCACAACACGAUUGAUGUAAUUGCUAUCGGUGAAUUGUACGUGUGAAAAAUACUGAAUUGACAAAUGUUGAGUUUGUAUUAUUACAUUUUUACAAUAAUUAAAAAAAAUUGCUCUUGCAGAUUUUCCAGCUCACAGUAGUUUGCUUACAUCAGCCUACAGUAAAUGGAAAAUCAAAAUCAAAACAAUGUAACUGAAUUCAUCCUUUUGGGUCUUACAAAGAACCCAGAGCUACGGAAAAUAUUCUCUGCUGUGUUUCUAAUCAUGUAUGUGGCCACCGUACCAGAAAACUUAUUCAUUGUGGUAACUAUGACUGCAAGUCAGAGUCUGAGGUCACCUAUGUAUUUUUUCCUUCCUUCUGUUUCACUCAUGGAUGCCACCUAUUCUUCUGUCAUAGCUCCCAAGAUGAUUGUGGAUUCCUUCUCUGAGAGUGCUACCAUCUCCCUGGAAGGCUGCAUGAUCCAGUUCUUUGCAGAACAUUUCUUUGGUGGGGUGUCAAUCAUCCUUCUCAUCGUGAUGGCCUAUGAUCGCUACGUGGCCAUCUGUAAGCCCCUGCACUACAUGACUAUCAUGAAGUCUCAGGUGUGCUGCCUGCUGCUGGGAGGGGCCUGGGUAGGCGGGUCCAUGCAUGCAACAAUACAGCUUCUCUUCAUGUACCAAAUACCCUUCUGUGGUCCCAAUGUCAUUGAUCACUUUAUGUGUGAUUUAUUUCCAUUGCUGACACUGGCCUGCAUGGAUACCUGCAUUCUGGGCCUCUUGGUCAUCCACAACAGUGGGGUGAUGUGUGUGACCAUCUUCCUUAUCCUCAUUGCCUCCUACGUGGUCAUCCUCUGCUCCCUGAAGUCUUGCAGCUCUGAAGGGCGGCGCAAAGCCCUCUCCACCUGUGGCUCCCACCUCACAGUGAUUGUCUUGUUCUUUGUGCCAUGCAUUUUCUUGUAUGUAAGACCAUUGGCCACUUAUCCCAUAGACAAAGCAAUGGCUGUGUCCUUUACCAUUAUUGCACCCAUGUUAAAUCCCUUGAUCUACACCCUGAGGAAUGCAGAGGUAAAAAAUACUAUGAAGAAACUCUGGAAGAGGCAACAAAUCCUGGAUUGUCACUAGCUUCCAUGCCAUGAACAAAUUUUUCCUAUAGGUACAGUGAGGUCUCAUCCUCCCCAUUCAAUCAAAUCUCUUGCAUGUACAAUAC